UACCUAUCUCGCGUGUAAGCGUGGGGCGCCUGGUUGUAGCUGAUGGGAGGCGGUGAGCAGGUCUUAAGGGAGCCGGCGCAAAGCAGGCCACUUGUACUUCAGCCUCCUCAGUCCUGGGGAGAGUGGACUAUCUGGGUCGGGCCAUGGCCAGGCUCCCAGCCCCAGGCUCUGUGAUUGUCUCUGACUGGCACGAGAGCACAGAGGGCAAAGAGUACCUGUCAUCCAUCCUUCGGAAGAACCGGCGGAGGGUGUUUGGGCUGCUUGAAAGGCCGGUUCUGCCUCCCCAGGUGGCUGCUGACACUGCAAGCUACAAGAUCUUUGUUUCUGGGAAGAGUGGGGUGGGGAAGACAGCCCUGGUGGCCAAGUUGGCGGGCCUGGAGGUUCCUGUGAUCCACCAUGAAACAGUAGGCAUCCAGACAACAGUAGUGUAUUGGCCGGCCAAACUGCAGGUCAGCGAUCGAGUGGUCAUCUUCCGAUUCGAGUUCUGGGACUGUGGAGAGGCAGCGCUCAAGAAAUUUGAUCACAUUCUGCCUGCCUGCAAGGAGAAAACAGACGCCUUCCUUUUCCUUUUCUCCUUCACGGACCGUUCCUCCUUUGAAGACCUCCCGGCUCAACUCUCCCGGGUUGCCGGAGAUGCCCCCAACACUGUCAAGAUGGUCAUUGGCUCGAAGUUUGAUCAGUACAUGCAUACCGAUGUUCCUGAGCGUGACCUCACGGCCUUCCGCCAGGCCUGGGCGCUGCCCCUGCUGCGUGUGAAGAGUGUGCCUGGGCGCCGAUUGGCUGACGGGCGUACCCUGGAUGGGCGGGCUGGGCUGGCAGAUGUGGCACAUAUCCUCAAUGGUCUGGGGGAGCACCUGUGGCACCAGGACCAAGUGGCGGCGGGGCUGGUCCCUGGCCCCCAGGAGAGCCCUCCAGAUGGAGGGCAGAGCUGAGGAGGGGGAGGCUGACCUGAGGAGGCUCCUGCUAGGAGGACUUAGCUUGGAGCUGGCCUCCCUGCCCGGGAGAGCAGGUGUGUCUAGUGGAAUGGAAAGAAUACAGUGGGGCAGAAAGUCCCAGCUGUGACUCUUCUUAGUGUGACCUUGCACAAGUCACUUCACUUCGAUUCUGAAGCUUAGUUUUCUAAUCUGUAAAAUGGAAAUGUACUUAUACUACCUCCCUCACAAGGAUGUUGUGGGGAAUGCAUUUUGCAGGCUUUAAAUCACGAUAAAAACGUGGAGUGAUUGUAUUACCUGCUCUGACUGGAUUGUCCACGACUCUCUGCCUGUGGGUAAUGGAAGGGGGUACGAAUUUGGAGCCUGAAGACCUGGUUUUGAAUUCUAGCUCUACCACUCACCACCUCUGGGACUCAUUUUCCUUGUCUUCAGGUUCAUUUCUGGCUCCCUAGCCCUGGCCUUCCCUGGCCGUGAAGGAGGUGCUGCAGGGCUCCCAGAAGGUCUUCCCUACCCCACCUUCUUUGUCAGAUCCCCUCCUCUCCCCAGCUCUGAGCCAGUAUAGAGGAGAAGGGGGCAGAGCCAGAGAGGACCAGGGCAGCCGGACCCUCAGACAACAAGUCAACCUCUGGCAUCUUACCUGGUGGCACCUUGGGGAUGUCAGAGCACCAAGGAGAUAUCAUAGUCUCAGACUAGCCCUCAGAAAACUAGGGUCCUGGUUCAGAAGAAAGAACACUGGAUUUGAAGUCAGAAGACCUGUGUUCGAGUCCAUGCCACUGAGUACCUGUCUGACAUCAGACAAGUUACAAAAUAGUACAUGAGACUCUUCA